AUGAAUCCCGGUGGUCCUAAUUAUCCUAUGGCAUCUCUAUACGUCGGAGAUCUUCAUUCAGAUGUUACAGAGGCCAUGCUUUUCGAAAAAUUUUCGUCAGCUGGCCCUGUAUUAUCUAUACGUGUGUGCCGUGACAUGAUAACCAAACGUUCUCUUGGCUACGCAUAUGUAAACUUUCAGCAACCUGCUGAUGCUGAAAGAGCUUUGGACACAAUGAAUUACGACCCAUUGAAAGGAAAGCCUAUACGUAUUAUGUGGUCUCAACGUGACCCAUCUUUACGAAAAUCUGGCGUAGGAAACGUUUUUAUUAAAAACCUAGAUAAGUCUAUUGAUAACAAAGCCAUGUAUGACACUUUCUCAACUUUUGGCAACAUAUUGUCGUGCAAAGUAGCUCAAGAUGAAUCUGGAACAUCCAAGGGGUAUGGAUUUGUACAUUUCGAAACAGAAGAAGCUGCCAAUAAGAGUAUCGAUAAAGUCAACGGAAUGUUAUUGAAUGGGAAAAGAGUUUUCGUCGGUAAAUUCAUUCCCCGCAAAGAAAGAGAAAAGGAACUUGGCGAAAAAGCAAAGAGGUUCACCAAUGUUUAUGUUAAAAAUUUUGGAGAAGACUUUUCUGACGAUCUUCUUAGAGAAAUGUUUGAAAAGUAUGGACGCAUAACGAGUCACAAGGUAAUGAGUAAAGACGAUGGUAAAAGUAAAGGUUUUGGAUUCGUCGCUUUCGAAGAUCCCGAAGCUGCUGAGAAAGCUGUGGCAAGCUUAAACGGAAAAGAAAUAGUCGAAGGAAAGCCAUUGUUCGUGGGGCGCGCUCAGAAAAAAGCUGAAAGACAACAAGAACUCAAGAGAAAGUUUGAGCAGCUUAAGAUGGAACGACUCAGUCGUUACCAAGGAGUCAAUUUGUAUGUUAAAAACAUUGACGACAACAUCGAUGAUGAGCGUUUGAGAAAAGAAUUUACACCGUUUGGAACAAUUACCAGCGCCAAAGUUAUGCUCGAAGACGGUCGUUCAAAAGGAUUCGGAUUCGUUUGUUUUUCAAGCGCCGAAGAAGCUACUAAAGCUGUAACCGAAAUGAACGGUCGCAUCGUCGGUUCUAAGCCUUUGUACGUUGCCUUGGCUCAGAGAAAGGAAGAUCGUAAAGCUCAUUUGGCCAGUCAAUACAUGCAAAAAAUGGCCAACAUUAGAAUGCAGCAAAUCGGGCAACCCGUUUUCCAGCCGAGCAGCGGAGGUUAUUUCGUGCCCACGAUUCCUCAACCUCCUCAAAGAUUCUUUGGCCCCGCGCAAAUGGCACAAAUCAGAACUGCAACUACGAGAUGGCCGACUCAGCCGCAGUCAAGACCUGGAACUCAGCAGCCUCAAACUGCUUAUCCCGCUAUUCCCGGUCCUUUCAGACCAGGUCCUAGACCUCAAGCAGCUCAGCCCGCAUUACGCUCCAUUUCAGCGAGGCCAAUCACGGGUGGGGGUCCGAUGCAAACUCAAAUACCUCCCCGUGCGCCCAUGCCGCCAACCGUCUCCGUCAACGCAGCCCAACGGCCAACUAAUUAUAAAUACACGGCUAACAUGCGCAAUCCGCCUCAAACUUUGGGCCACGUUGCUCAUCAACCUCAAGUGCAACAGGCUGUCCACGUUCAAGGUCAGGAGCCUUUAACCACGACCAUGUUGGCAGACGCUCCGCUUCAAGAACAAAAACAAAUGUUGGGCGAACGUCUUUUCCCUCUUAUUAGUGCCAUGUAUUCUAAACUGGCUGGUAAGAUCACUGGAAUGUUAUUGGAAAUUGACAACUCGGAAUUGUUGCACAUGUUGGAACACCGCGAAAGUUUGAAAUCGAAGGUUGAGGAAGCUGUCGCCGUUUUGCAGGCUCACGAAGCUAAACAAGCAGCCGCGGGAAAUAAAGAAAAAAAAAGAAAUACCAUAAGUUUUUAA